AUGUUUUGCUGCUCGAAUGCAAAAAAGAAAUUAGCACCACCUACAUAAAAUAGGAUGAAUAAUCAUUAGAAUUCUUCAGUAAUGAGUUUUUAAUAUUUUAGGAACAAACUCUUAAUAUUAAUGAUGAAGCAUUCACAUUUCAUACUACUAUAUAAAUUUAGCAAAUCAAUGUCACUCAUAACUAUAAGAUUACUUAAGAUCUUUAAACUAUAAGGUAAAAAUAGUAUUACAUUUAGGAGCAGCAGAUCGAAUAGUAGAGGGACUAAAAAUAAUGAUCAUGUUGCAUAAUCAGUUCUUGUUAAACCUUCACGAAAAUCUCCUUUUCUAACUUUCAACAAAAAAGGAACUGAUUCUACAACAAAAUACCUAUCUACAAAAUAAGGAUAUACACUUCUUGUUACUAGGAAUACUCAAUGA